AUGACGCGCCUUUAUGGCGGAAAACUGGGACUUGAGCUUUGUUUCCAGAGCUACCUCGGCAGUGGCUUUGCCUUGCCUAGCACUUUCGAAAAGAGGCCAGUGCAGUGCUGUGGUCAACCUGGAAAGACGACUCGGAAGCUGCUCCAGUCUCGUGUACGACGAACUAGGACGACUCAGGCUCGCCGCGGACCACACGGACAGUGGCCCGACAAUCGACUAGCAGAGUUUGCGACCAAGUCAGGUAAGCAGCGCCCCAUCUUUGUUCCAGUCGCUUCAGCUGUGCCGCCAGCACCGGAAUACGCCGUCCCGGGCACGGUCUAUCUCGUGGGGGCCGGCCCCGGCGCCUACGAGCUGCUCACGCUACGGGCGUGCAGCCUGCUACGCACAGCCGACGUGGUUCUAUACGAUGAUCUCGCCCAGGGCUUGAUAAGCGAAGAACUUUGGAAUCGCUUGAAUCGUAACAAUCCGCCAUCGCUAACGCUUUGUGUCGGCAAGCAAAGGUACAAGCAGCGCGAAAUCAAUGAGUUGAUGGUGCAUCAAGCCAAGAACCUGAACCGAAGUGUGCUACGCCUGAAGUGCGGUGAUCCCAGUCUCUUUGGCCGUUUGCACGAGGAAGUCGCCGCAUUACGCGAGUCCCAGAUCCCUUACGUGGUGGUUCCCGGUGUGUCGUCGUGUACGGCGGCACCGAUCGCAGCGGGGAUUUUUCUCACGGAACGGCAACACGGACGCAGUGUGUUGUUGCUCAGCGGCCAUGACGCUUCAGAGAUUCCAUAUGAAGCAGCCGCUUGCGCUGCGGACACGCUUGUGCUCCUCAUGGUCGGCAGGAAUUUAAGUGCUGUGGCUGCAAGGCUCCUCGACCAGCUGUCGCCCAAUGUGCCCGUGGCGCUCUGUAGCACAGUCGAUGGCCUUCAGUGGAGAGGCACGCUUCAGGCGGCGGCCACUGGCGAGGCUACACAAUUUCUUGUAGAUGCAAAAACAGGAGAACUAAGGACAACAGUCGCAGUCAUCGGAGCAGUUGUUCAGGACAUCACUAGUCCCGGCCAAAUCGCGGGCGUGUUUCAGACAUGA